GGAAGCACAAGCAGAGGAAGCACAAGCAGAGGAGCGCAAGCAGAGGAAGCGCAAGCAGAGGAAGCAAAAGCAGAGGAAGCGCAAGAAAGGAAGCACAAGCAGAGGAGCGCAAGCAGAGGAAGCAAGCAAAGGAAGCGCAAGCAGAGAAGCACAAGCAGAGAAGCACAAGCAGAGGAAGCGCAAGCAGAGGAAGCGCAAGCAGAGGAAGCGCAAGCAGAGGAAGCGCAAGCAGAGGAAGCGCAAGCAGAGGAAGCGCAAGCAGAGGAAGCACAAGCAGGAAGCACAAGCAGAGGAAGCAGGAGCAGAGGAGCGCAAGCAGAGGAAGCGCAAGCAGAGGAAGCACAAGCAGAGGAAGCGCAAGCAGAGGAAGCACAAGCAGAGGAAGCACAAGCAGAGGAAGCACAAGCAGAGGAAGCACAAGCAGAGGAAGCACAAGCAGAGGAAGCACAAGCAGAGGAAGCACAAGCAAGGAGCCCAAGCAGAGGAAGCGCAAGCAGAGGAAGCGCAAGCAGAGGAAGCAAAGCAAAGGAAGCACAAGCAGAGGAAGCGCAAGCAGAGGAAGCACAAGCAGAGGAAGCACAAGCAGAGGAAGCGCAAGAAGGAAGCGCAAGCAGAGGAAGCGCAGAGGGAAGCGCAAGCAGAGGAAGCACAAGCAGAAGCACAAGCAGAGGAAGCACAAGCAGAGGAAGCGCAAGCAAAGGAAGCGCAAGCAGAGGAAGCACAAGCAGAGGAAGCACAAGCAGAGGAGCACAAGCAGAGGAAGCACAAGCAGAGGAAGCACAAGCAGAGGAAGCACAAGCAGAGGAAGCGAAGCAGAGGAAGCGCAAGCAGAGGAAGCGCAAGCAGAGGAAGCGCAAGCAGAGGAAGCGCAAGCAGAGGAAGCACAAGCAGAGGAAGCACAAGCAGAGGAAGCACAAGCAGAGGAAGCACAAGCAGAGGAAGCACAAGCAGAGGAAGCACAAGCAGAGAGCCCAAGCAGAGAAAGCGCAAGCAGAGGAAGCGCAAGCAGAGGAAGCGCAAGCAGAGGAGCGCAAGAAGAGGAAGCGCAAGCAGAGGAAGCGCAAGCAGAGGAAGCGCAAGCAGAGGAAGCGCAAGCAGAGGAAGCGCAAGCAGAGGAAGCGCAAGCAGAGGAAGCGCAAGCAGAGGAAGCGCAAGCAGAGGAAGCACAAGCAGAGGAGCGCAAGCAGAGGAAGCGCAAGCAGAGGAAGCACAAGCAGAGGAAGCACAAGCAGAGGAAGCGCAAGCAGAGGAAGCGCAAGCAGAGGAAGCACAAGCAGGAAGCACAAGCAGAGGAAGCGCAAGCAGAGGAGCGCAAGCAGAGGAAGCGCAAGCAGAGGAAGCACAAGCAGAGGAAGCGCAAGCAGAGGAAGCACAAGCAGAGGAAGCACAAGCAGAGGAAGCACAAGCAGAGGAAGCACAAGCAGAGGAAGCACAAGCAGAGGAAGCACAAGCAGAGGAAGCACAAGCAGAGGAGCCCAAGCAGAAGAAGCGCAAGCAGAGGAAGCGCAAGCAGAGGAAGCGCAAGCAGAGGAAGCACAAGCAGAGGAGCGCAAGUAGAGGAAGCACAAGCAGAGGAAGCACAAGCAGAGGAAGCGCAAGUAGAGGAAGCACAAGCAGAGGAAGCGCAAGCAGAGGAAGCACAAGCAGAGGAAGCAUAAGCAGAGGAGCGCAGGCAGAGGAAGCGAGGAAGCGCAAGCAGAAGGAAGCGCAAGAAGAGGAAGCGCAAGCAGAGGAAGCACAAGCAGAGGAAGCACAAGCAGAGGAAGCACAAGCAGGAAGCACAAGCAGAGGAAGCACAAGCAGAGGAGCGCAAGCAGAGGAAGCGCAAGCAGAGGAAGCACAAGCAGAGGAAGCAAGCAAGGAAGCACAAGCAGAGGAAGCACAAGCAGAGGAGCGCAAGCAGAGGAAGCGCAAGCAAGGAAGAGCAAGAGAGGAAGCACAAGCAGAGGAAGCUAAGCAGAGGAAGCGCAAGCAGAGGAAGCGCAAGCAGAGGAAGCGCAAGCAGAGGAAGCGCAAGCAGAGGAAGCGCAGAGGGCGCAAGCAGAGGAAGCACAAGCAGGAAGCACAAGCAGAGGAAGCAGGAGCAGAGAGCGCAAGCAAAGGAAGCGCAAGCAGAGGAAGCACAAGAAGAGGAAGCACAAGCAGAGGAAGCACAAGCAGAGGAAGCACAAGCAGAGGAAGCACAAGCAGAGGAAGCAAAGCAGAGGAAGCACAAGCAGAGGAAGCAGAAGCAGAGGAAGCACAAGCAGAGGAAGCACAAGCAGAGGAAGCACAAGCAGAGGAAGCGCAAGCAGAGGAAGCGCAAGCAGAGGAAGCGCAAGCAGAGGAAGCGCAAGCAGAGGAAGCACAAGCAGAGGAAGCGCAAGCAGAGGAAGCCAAGCAGAGGAAGCGCAAGCAGAGGAAGCGCAAGCAGAGGAAGCGCAAGCAGAGGAAGCGCAAGCAGAGGAAGCGCAAGCAGAGGAAGCGCAAGCAGAGGAAGCGCAAGCAGAGGAAGCGCAAGCAGAGGAAGCACAAGCAGAGGACGCAAGCAGAGGAAGCGCAAGCAGAGGAAGCGCAAGCAGAGGAAGCACAAGCAGAGGAAACGCAAGCAAAGGAAGCAAAGCAGAGGAAAAAAAAAAAGCAGAGGGAGCGCAAGCAGAGGAAGCGUAAGCAAAGGAGAGCAAGCAGAGGAAGCACAAGCAGGAAGCGCACAGAGGAAGCGCAAGAAGAGGAAGCGCAAGCAGAGGAAGCGCAAGCAGAGGAAGCGCAAGCAGAGAAAGCACAAGCAGAGGAAGCGCAAGAGAGGAAGCACAAGCAGAGAAGCACAAGCAGAGGAAGCACAAGCAGAGGAGCGCAAGCAGAGGAAGCGCAAGCAGAGGAAGCACAAGCAGAGGAAGCGCAAGCAGAGGAAGCACAAGCAAAGGAAGCGCAAGCAGAGGAAGCACAAGCAGAGGAAGCACAAGCAGAGGAAGCGCAAGCAGAGGAAGCACAAGCAGAGGAAGCACAAGCAGAGGAAGCACAAGCAGAGAAGCGCAAGCAGAGGAAGCGUAAGCAAAGGAAGAGCAAGCAGAGGAAGCACAAGCAAGAAGCGCAAGCAGAGGAAGCGCAAGAAGAGGAAGCGCAAGUAGAGGAAGCACAAGCAGAGGAAGCGCAAGUAGAGGAAGCACAAGCAGGAAGCACAAGCAGAGGAAGCACAAGCAGAGGAGCGCAAGCAGAGGAAGCACAAGCAGAGGAAGCGCAAGUAGAGGAAGCACAAGCAGAGGAAGCGCAAGCAGAGGAAGCACAAGCAGAGAAGCACAAGCAGAGGAGCGCAAGAAGAGGAAGCGAAACGCAAGCAGAGGAAGCACAAGCAGAGGAAGCACAAGCAGAGGAAGCACAAGCAGAGGAAGCGCAAGCAGAGGAAGCGCAAGCAGAGGAAGCACAAGCAGAGGAAGCGCAAGGAGAGGAAGCACAAGCAGAGGAAGCACAAGCAGAGGAAGCGCAAGCAGAGGAAGCACAAGCAGAGGAAGCACAGACAAGCAGAGGAGCCAAGCAGAGGAAGCGCAAGCAGAGGAAGCGCAAGCAGAGGAAGCGCAAGCAGAGGAAGCACAAGCAGAGGAAGCACAAGCAGAGGAAGCACAAGCAGAGGAAGCGCAAGCAAGAGGAAGCACAGCAGAGAAGCACAAGCAGAGGAAGCGCAAGCAGAGGAAGCGCAAGCAGAGGAAGCGCAAAAGAGGAAGCGCAAAUAGAGGAAGCGCAAGCAGAGGAAGCGCAAGCAGAGGAAGCACAAGCAGAGGAAGCGCAAGCAGAGGAAGCACAAGCAGAGGAAGCGCAAGCAGAGGAAGCGCAAGCAGAGGAAGCGCAAGCAGAGGAAGCACAAGCAGAGGAAGCACAAGCAGAGGAAGCGCAAGCAGAGGAAGCACAAGCAGAGGAAGCACAAGCAGAGGAGCGCAAGCAGAGGAAGCGCAAGCAGAGGAAGCGCAAGCAGAGGAAGCGCAAGCAGAGGAAGCGCAAGCAGAGGAAGCACAAGCAGAGGAAGCACAAGCAGAGGAAGCACAAGAGAAGAAGCGCAAGCAGAGGAAGCACAAGCAGAGGAAGCACAAGCAGAGGAGCGCAAGCAGAGGAAGCGCAAGCAGAGGAAGCACAAGCAGAGGAAGCACAAGCAGAGGAAGCGCAAGCAGAGGAAGCACAAGCAGAGGAAGCGCAAGCAGAGGAAGCGCAAGAGGAGGAAGCGCAAGCAGAGGAAGCGCAAGCAGAGGAAGCCAAGCAGAGGGAGCACAAGCAGAGGAAGCGCAAGCAGAGGACACAAGCAGAGGAAGCGCAAGCAGAGGAAGCACAAGCAGAGGAAGCACAAGCAGAGGAAGCACAAGAGAGGAAGCACAAGCAGAGGAGCGCAAGCAGAGGAAGCGCAAGCAGAGGAAGCCAAGGAGAGGAAGCGCAAGCAGAGGAAGCGCAAGCAGAGGAAGCACAAGCAGAGAAGCGCAAGCAGAGGAGCACAAGCAGAGGAAGCGCAAGCAGAGGAAGCGCAAGCAGAGGAAGCGCAAGCAGAGGAAGCGCAAGCAGAGGAAGCACAAGCAGAGGAAGCGCAAGCAGAAGAAGCACAAGCAGAGGAGGAGCACAAGCAGAGGAAGCGCAAGCAGAGGAAGCACAAGCAGAGGAAGCGCAAGCAGGAAGCACAAGCAGAAGCACAAGCAGAGGAAGCACAAGCAGAGGAGCGCAAGCAGAGGAAGCGCAAGCAGAGGAAGCGCAAGCAGAGGAAGCGCAAGCAGAGGAAGCGCAAGCAGAGGAAGCACAAGCAGAGGAAGCGCAAAGAGGAGCACAAGCAGAGGAAGCGCAAGCAGAGGAAGCGCAAGCAGAGGAAGCAAAGCGAAGAAGAAGAGGAGGAACUAGCAAGAAGAGGAAACAAGACAAACCAAGAAGGGCACAAGCAGAGGAAGCGCAAGCAGAGGAAGCACAAGCAGAGGAAGCACAAGCAGAGGAAGCGCAAGCAGAGGAAGCGCAAGCAGAGAAGCGCAAGCAGAGGAAGCACAAGCAGAGGAAGCGCAAGCAGAGGAAGCACAAGCAGAGGAAGCGCAAGCAGAGGAAGCGCAAGCAGAGGAAGCACAAGCAGAGGAAGCGCAAGCAGAGGAAGCGCAAGCAGAGGAAGCGCAAGCAGAGGAAGCGCAAGCAGAGGAAGCGCAAGCAGAGGAAGCACAAGCAGGAAGCACAAGUAGAGGAAGCAGAAGCAGAGAAGCGCAAGCAGAGGAAGCACAAGCAGAGGAAGCACAAGCAGGAAGCGCAAGCAGAGGAAGCGCAAGCAGAGGAAGCACAAGCAGGAAGCACAAGCAGAGGAAGCACAAGCAGAGAAGCGCAAGCAGAGGAAGCCCAAGCAGAGAAAGCACAAGCAGAGGAAGCGCAAGCAGAGGAAGCGCAAGCAGAGGAAGCGCAAGCAGAGGAAGCACAAGCAGAGGAAGCGCAAGCAGAGGAAGCACAAGCAGAGGCAGAGCAGAAGAAGCACAAGCAGAGGAAGCGCAAGCAGAGGAAGCGCAAGCAGAGGAAGCACAAGCAGAGGAAGCGCAAGAGAGGAAGCACAAGCAGAGGAAGCGCAAGCAGAGGAAGCACAAGCAGAGGAAGCGCAAGCAAAGGAAGCGCAAGCAGAGGAAGCGCAAGCAAAGAAGAGCAAGCAGAGGAAGCACAAGCAGAGGAAGCGCAAGCAGAGGAAGCGCAAGCAGAGGAAGCGCAAGCAGAGGAGCGCAAGCAGAGGAAGCGCAAGCAGAGGAAGCGUAAGCAGAGGAAGCGCAAGCAGAGGAAGCACAAGCAGGAAGCACAAGCAGAGGAAGCAAAGCAGAGAAGCGCAAGCAGAGGAAGCCCAAGCAGAGAAAGCACAAGCAGAGGAAGCGCAAGUAGAGGAAGCACAAGCAGAGGAAGCGCAAGCAGAGGAAGCACAAGCAGAGGAAGCACAAGCAGAGGAGCGCAAGCAGAGGAAGCACAAGCAAGGAAGAGCAAGCAGAGGAAGCACAAGCAGAGGAAGCGUAAGCAGAGGAAGCGCAAGAAGAGGAAGCGCAAGCAGAGGAAGCGCAAGCAGAGGAAGCACAAGCAGAGGAAGCGCAAGCAGAGGAAGCACAAGCAGAGGAAGCACAAGCAGAGGAAGCACAAGCAGAGGAGCGCAAGCAGAGGAAGCACAAGCAGAGGAAGCACAAGCAGAGGAAGCGCAAGAGAGGAAGCACAAGCAGAGGAAGCGCAAGCAGAGGAAGCACAAGCAGAGGAAGCACAAGCAGGAAGCACAAGCAGAGGAAGCACAAGCAGAGGAAGCGCAAGCAGAGGAAGCGCAAGCAGAGGAAGCGCAAGCAGAGGAAGCGCAAGCAGAGGAAGCGCAAGCAGAGGAGCGCAAGCAGAGGGAAGCGCAAGCAGAGGAAGCGCAAGCAGAGGAAGCAAAGCAGAGGAAGCGCAAGCAGAGGAAGCGCAAGCAGAGGAAGCGCAAGCAGAGGAAGCGCAAGCAGAGGAGCGCAAGCAGAGGAAGCACAAGCAGAGGAGCGCAAGCAGAGAAGCGCAAGCAGAGGAAGCACAAGCAGAGGAAGCGCAAGCAGAGGAAGCACAAGCAGAGGAAGCGCAAGCAGAGGAAGCACAAGCAGAGGAAGCACAAGCAGAGGAGCGCAAGCAGAGGAAGCACAAGCAGAGGAAGAGCAAGCAGAGGAAGCACAAGCAGAAAGCGCAAGCAGAGGAAGCGCAAGCAGAGGAAGCGCAAGCAGAGGAAGCACAAGCAGAGGAAGCGCAAGCAGAGGAAGCACAAGCAGAGAAGCACAAGCAGAGGAAGCACAAGCAGAGGAGCGCAAGCAGAGGAAGCGCAAGCAGAGGAAGCACAAGCAGAGGAAGCGCAAGAGCGCAAGCAGAGGAAGCGCAAGCAAGGGAAGAGCAAGCAGAGGAAGCACAAGCAGAGGAAGCGCAAGCAGAGGAAGCGCAAGAAGAGGAAGCGCAAGCAGAGGAAGCGCAAGCAGAGGAAGCGCAAGUAGAGGAAGCACAAGCAGAGGAAGCAAGCAGAGGAAGCACAAGCAGAGGAAGCACAAGCAGAGGAAGCACAAGCAGAGGAGCGCAAGCAGAGGAAGCGCAAGCAGAGGAAGCACAAGCAGAAGAAGCGAAGCAGAGGAAGCACAAGCAGAGGAAGCGCAAGCAGAGGAAGCACAAGCAGAGGAAGCACAAGCAGAGGAGCGCAAGCAGAGGAAGCGCAAGCAGAGGAAGCUUAAGCAAGAGGAAACGCAAGCAGAGGAAGCACAAGCAGAGGAAGCACAAGCAGAGGAAGCACAAGCAGAGGAAGCGCAAGCAGAGGAAGCGCAAGCAGAGGAAGCACAAGCAGAGGAAGCGCAAGAGAGGAAGCACAAGCAGAGGAAGCACAAGCAGAGGAAGCGCAAGCAGAGGAAGCACAAGCAGAGGAAGCACAAGCAGAGGAAGCCCAAGCAGAGGAAGCGCAAGCAGAGGAAGCGCAAGCAGAGGAAGCGCAAGCAGAGGAAGCGCAAGCAGAGGAAGCGCAGCAGAGGAAGCGCAAGCAGAGGAAGCACAAGCAGAGGAAGCGCAAGCAGAGGAAGCACAAGCAGAGGAAGCACAAGCAGAGGAGCGCAAGCAGAGGAAGCGUAAGCAAGGAAAGCAAGCAGAGGAAGCACAAGCAGAGGAAGCGCAAGCAGAGGAAGCGCAAGAAGAGGAAGCGCAAGCAGAGGAAGCGCAAGCAGAGGAAGCACAAGCAGAGGAAGCGCAAGCAGAGGAAGCGCAAGCAGAGGAAGCGCAAGCAGAGGAAGCACAAGCAGAGGAAGCACAAGCAGAGGAAGCGCAAGCAGAGGAAGCACAAGCAGAGGAAGCACAAGCAGAGGAGCCCAAGCAGAGGAAGCGCAAGCAGAGGAAGCGCAAGCAGAGGAAGCGCAAGCAGAGGAAGCGCAAGCAGAGGAAGCACAAGCAGAGGAAGCACAAGCAGAGAAGCACAAGCAGAGGAAGCACAAGCAGAGGAAGCACAAGCAGAGGAAGCACAAGCAGAGGAGCGCAAGCAGAGGAAGCGCAAGCAGAGGAAGCACAAGCAGAGGAAGCACAAGAAGAGAAGCGCAAAGGAGCGCAAGCAGAGGAAGCGCAAGCAGAGGAAGCGCAAGCAGAGGAAGCGCAAGCAGAGGAAGCGCAAGCAGAGAAGCACAAGCAGAGGAAGCGCAAGCAGAGGAGCACAAGCAGAGGAAGCGCAAGCAGAGGAAGCGCAAGCAGAGGAAGCGCAAGAGAGGAAGCGCAAGCAGAGGAAGCACAAGCAGAGGAAGCGCAAGCAGAGGAAGCACAAGCAGAGAAAGCACAAGCAAGCACAAGCAGAGGAAGCGCAAGCAGAGAAGCACAAGCAGAGGAAGCGCAAGCAGAGGAAGCACAAGCAGAGGAAGCGCAAGCAGAGGAGCGCAAGCAGAGGAAGCGCAAGCAAAGGAAGAGCAAGCAGAGGAAGCACAAGCAGAGGAAGCGCAAGCAGAGGAAGCGCAAGAAGAGGAAGCGCAAGCAGAGGAAGCGCAAGCAGAGGAAGCGCAAGCAGAGGAAGCGCAAGCAGAGGAAGCGCAAGCAGAGGAAGCACAAAAGCAGAAGCACAAGCAGAGAAAGCAGAAGCAGAGGAGCGCAAGCAGAGGAAGCGCAAGCAGAGGAAGCACAAGCAGAGGAAGCGCAAGCAGAGGAAGCACAAGCAGAGGAAGCACAAGCAGAGGAGCACAAGCAGAGGAAGCGCAAGCAGAGGAAGCGCAAGCAGAGGAAGCACAAGCAGAGGAAGCACAAGCAGAGGAAGCACAAGCAAGGAAGCGCAAGCAGAGGAAGCGCAAGCAGAGGAAGCGCAAGCAGAGGAGCGCAAGCAGAGGAAGCGCAAGCAGAGGAAGCACAAGCAGAGGAAGCGCAAGCAGAGGAAGCGCAAGCAGAGGAGCACAAGCAGAGGAAGCGCAAGCAGAGAAGCGCAAGCAGAGGAAGCGCAAGCAGAGGAAGCGCAAGCAGAGGAAGCACAAGCAGAGGAGCGCAAGCAGAGGAAGCACAAGCAGAGGAAGCAAAGCAGAGGAAGCACAAGCAGAGGAAGCGCAAGCAGAGGAAGCGCAAGCAGAGGAAGCGCAAGCAGAGGAAGCGCAAGCAGAGGAAGCACAAGCAGAGGAAGCGCAAGCAGAGGAAGCAAGAGCAGGGGGGCGGAAGCAAGAAGAGCAGCGAGGAAGCGCAAGCAGAGGAAGCGCAAGCAGAGGAAGCACAAGCAGAGGAAGCACAAGCAGAGGAAGCGCAAGCAGAGGAAGCGCAAGCAGAGGAAGCACAAGCAGAGGAAGCACAAGCAGAGGAAGCGCAAGCAGAGGAAGCACAAGCAGAGGAAGCGCAAGCAGAGGAAGCACAAGCAGAGGAAGCACAAGCAGAGGAAGCGCAAGCAGAGAAGCACAAGCAGAGGAAGCACAAGCAGAGGAAGCGCAAGCAGAGGAAGCACAAGCAGAGGAAGCACAAGCAGAGGAAGCGCAAGAAGCACAAGCAGAGGAAGCGCAAGCAGAGGAAGCGCAAGCAGAGGAAGCACAAGCAGAGGAAGCGCAAGCAGAGGAAGCGUAAGCAAAGGAAGAGCAAGCAGAGGAAGCGCAAGCAGAGGAAGCGCAAGCAGAGGAAGCGCAAGCAGAGGAAGCACAAGCAGAGAAGCACAAGCAGAGGAAGCAGAAGCAGAGAAGCGCAAGCAGAGGAAGCCCAAGCAGAGGAAGCAAAAGCAGAGGAAGCGCAAGCAGAGGAAGCGCAAGCAGAGAAAGCGCAAGCAGAGGAAGCGCAAGCAGAGGAAGCACAAGCAGAAGCACAAGCAGAGGAAGCAGAAGCAGAGAAGCGCAAGCAGAGGACCAAGCAGAGAAAGCACAAGCAGAGGAAGCGCAAGCAGAGGAAGCGCAAGCAGAGGAAGCGCAAGCAGAGGAAGCACAAGCAGAGGAAGCGCAAGCAGAGGAAGCACAAGCAGGAAGCACAAGCAGAAGAAGCACAAGCAGAGGAGCGCAAGCAGAGGAAGCGCAAGCAGAGGAAGCACAAGCAGAGGAAGCGCAAGGAGAGGAAGCAUAAGCAGAGGAAGCGCAAGCAGAGGAAGCACAAGCAGAGGAAGCGCAAGCAAAGGAGCGCAAGCAGAGGAAGCGUAAGCAAAGGAAGAGCAAGCAGAGGAAGCACAAGCAGAGGAAGCGUAAGCAGAGGAAGCGCAAGCAGAGGAAGCGCAAGCAGAGGAAGCGCAAGCAGAGGAAGCGCAAGCAGAGAAAGCGUAAGCAGAGGAAGCGCAAGCAGAGGAAGCACAAGCAGGAAGCACAAGCAGAGAAGCAGAAGCAGAGAAGCGCAAGCAGAGGAAGCCCAAGCAGAGAAAGCACAAGCAGAGGAAGCGCAAGUAGAGGAAGCACAAGCAGAGGAAGCGCAAGCAGAGGAAGCACAAGCAGAGGAAGCACAAGCAGAGAGCGCAAGCAGAGGAAGCCAGGAAAGGAAGCAGGAAGCACAAGCAGAGGAAGCACAAGCAGAGGAAGCGCAAGGAGAGGAAGCACAAGCAGAGGAAGCGCAAGCAGAGGAAGCACAAGCAGAGGAAGCGCAAGCAGAGGAGCGCAAGCAGAGGAAGCGUAAGCAAAGGAAGAGCAAGCAGAGGAAGCACAAGCAGAGGAAGCGUAAGCAGAGGAAGCGCAAGAAGAGGAAGCGCAAGCAGAGGAAGCGCAAGCAGAGGAAGCGCAAGCAGAGGAAGCGCAAGCAGAGGAAGCGCAAGCAGAGGAAGCACAAGCAGGAAGCACAAGCAGAGAAAGCAGAAGCAGAGGAGCGCAAGCAGAGGAAGCGGGAGCAGAGGAAGCACAAGAAGAGGAAGCGCAAGCAGAGGAAGCACAAGCAGAGGAAGCACAAGCAGAGGAGCACAAGUAGAGGAAGCGCAAGCAGAGGAAGCGUAAAGGAAGCACAAGCAGAGGAAGCGCAAGCAGAGGAAGCGCAAGCAGAGGAAGCGCAAGCAGAGGAAGCGCAAGCAGAGGAAGCACAAGCAGAGGAAGCACAGCAGAGGAAGCGCAAGCAGAGGAAGCGCAAGCAGAGGAAGCGCAAGCAGAGGAAGCGCAAGCAGAGGAAGCGCAAGCAGAGGAAGCACAAGCAGGAAGCACAAGCAGAGGAAGCAGAAGCAGAGAAGCGCAAGCAGAGGAAGCGCAAGCAGAGGAAGCACAAGCAGAGGAAGCGCAAGCAGAGGAAGCGCAAGCAGAGGAAGCGUAAGCAGAGGAAGCGCAAGCAGAGGAAGCACAAGCAGGAAGCACAAGCAGAGGAAGCACAAGCAGAGGAAGCGCAAGCAGAGGAGCCAAGCAGAGGAAGCACAAGCAGAGGAAGCGCAAGCAGAGGAAGCGCAAGCAGAGGAAGCGCAAGCAGAGGAAGCACAAGCAGAGGAAGCGCAAGCAGAGGAAGCACAAGCAGAAGCACAAGCAGAGGAAGCGCAAGCAGAGGAAGCGCAAGCAGAGGAAGCACAAGCAGAGAAGCGCAAGCAGAGGAAGCACAAGCAGAGGAAGCGCAAGCAGAGGAAGCACAAGCAGAGGAAGCGCAAGCAGAGGAAGCGCAAGCAGAGGAAGCGCAAGCAGAGAAGAGCAAGCAGAGGAAGCACAAGCAGAGGAAGCGCAAGCAGAGGAAGCGCAAGAGGAGGAAGCGCAAGCAGAGGAAGCGCAAGCAGAGGAAGCGCAAGCAGAGGAAGCGCAAGCAGAGGAAGCGCAAGCAGAGGAAGCACAAGCAGGAAGCACAAGCAGAGGAAGCACAAGCAGAGAAGCGCAAGCAGAGGAAGCCAAGCAGAGGAAGCACAAGCAGAGGAAGCGCAAGCAGAGGAAGCACAAGCAGAGAAGCACAAGCAGAGGAAGCACAAGCAGAGGAAGCGCAAGCAGAGGAAGCGCAAGCAAAGGAAGCGCAAGCAGAGGAAGCACAAGCAGAGGAAGCGCAAGCAGAGGAAGCGCAAGAAGAGGAAGCGCAAGCAGAGGAAGCGCAAGCAGAGGAAGCACAAGCAGAGGAAGCGCAAGCAGAGGAAGCGCAAGCAGAAGCACAAGCAGAGGAAGCACAAGCAGAGGAGCGCAAGCAGAGGAAGCACAAGCAGAGGAAGCACAAGCAGAGGAAGCGCAAGAGAGGAAGCACAAGCAGAGGAAGCGCAAGCAGAGGAAGCACAAGCAGAGGAAGCGCAAGCAGAGGAGCGCAAGCAGAGGAAGC